AUGUCGUGGAUUGUAACCGAAGUCCGCCAGUCGCUGCGCACUAACGUCGCCCCGGACGAUGAUGUCCCUCGAACGGCCAUCACUUUGCAUGGCGAUGAUGAAGAAUCAUUCCUUCCAGAGAACCUAGGAGUCACUGGUCGCGAGCCCAACACAAAUCCACCAAACUGGCCCGCAGACCACCGCCGAGUCCCAGCACAUCGCUUCCCUAUCUUAAACCCCAACUGGACAGCCAUCGCUGGGCCGCUGCCGAUGCGCAUCUUGCUGUGGGACAUGUUUGUGGGCUGCCAGCUUCUUCAGUGGGGCUACUCUUUUCUGCGAAUGACAGGCUUGCAUGACCGCGGCUUGUGCAUGUAUAAGGUUGCGAAUGAGUGGUGA